AUGCGAUGCUUUGUUUUGCAACCCAAGGCUAGUAAGAUUAAGGAUGGUCCUAUUCGCUGCAUACUGCUCAGCGAGUUUCAUGUGGUGGCGGGCUCGAAGAUCAGCUGUCAGGUACCGGAGAACUUCAUCACCAAGGAAAUAUUUGACUCCAUUAGGACCUACAUCAUACCGAAACCACAGCUACAGCGAUGUAUUUUAACAAUCAAUACAUUGGGCCACAAGGUGAUCGGCUAUCCUGUGCGCAUCAAUCACGUGCGCUAUCAACGGAACUUUUUUUACUUCAAUUUGUGUUUUGUGUUCGACUCGUGGUCACGCACGGUACAGUACGAGGCGGUAGUGAAAAAGCUGUCCGAGUAUCUGCUCAUGAUGGAAGAAGAAGGUUCAUUUUUAUCCAAUGCAGAAAAUAAUAGCAACAUAAGCAAUUUGCUCGCCUGCAUACUGCGCGACCUUAAUCAGCGUCAGGUAGCGACGAUUGUGGAGGGUGACACUACCAUCUAUCUGAAGAUAGGGCGGCUCAAAUCGGAUCCACCGGUCGUGCAGGACCACCAAGUGCCACUGCUCUGCCGAGGGUUCGAGGACACCGAACUAGACUCAUGGGAUCUAACCACGCAGCAGGUACUUCCUUUUAUCAACGGUAUCAACCACGUGGCGCGCAUCGCAGCGGAAGCGGAUGUCGAGAAUCAGCUGGUAAAGUCGUGCAUACAGAACCUAGUCUACUACGGUGUAAUGCAGCUGCUGCCACUGCUCAAGUACAGCAACGUGUACAUGUGUACGCGCGAGCUGCAAAAACUUACCCGCGAUCGCACGCUCGCCGACGAAUGUCGCCGGUACGUGCAGCUGCAGGUACACGCAGAAAAGGUCGACACCACCGUACGGCUGCCGAGCCUGUUCAACAUACUGCAGCUGUACUCGCAGAUGACGCACGGCGUUACGCUGCGUUCGCUCUGCCAACGGCUUUGCCCGCGCGACAACAGCAUCGACGAACGGAAGCUGGUGUCGUUCGGGCUGCAGCACAAUCUGAUCCGCUGCAUAAAUAAAUAUCCCAUCUACACUGGCUCGCUACCGACACCGAAACACAAGUUGUACACCGGACUGAACAGUUUGGACGAGAUCUGUUGCAAGACGGGACUGUCACCGAGCCGGAUUGAGCAAGAGAUCGACAUGGACUCGAACGUGACCGUCAUUUGGAAGUAAUUUGAAUGUACUAUA